UACACUCCUGAAGCACACCUCGUUAUCUCGGAGAGCCCCCAUCCGUACCGCUGAGUUCGCACCGAAUCGACAAGGACUGGAGAAGAGCCCAAAGAAGGUGUGGAGAAGACAAGUGCCCCGGAACUCCAGCAUGGGCAGCAUUUCCACGGAAAGCGCCGUGACUGCGGACGAGCCCGUCCGGAUCGCGCAGGAGACUCUCCAGAGCAGAAAGUUGCAGGCGGAGCGCCCGGCGAAACGGGACAGCCUGCACAGGGUGUUUGUCAACAGGAGUCUGACCCUGGAGAACAUCAGAUGCUAUGGCUUUGACAUGGACUACACCCUGGCUAUGUACAAAUCCCCAGACUAUGAGGAAGUGGGCUUUGAGCUUCUGAGGGACAGGCUGGUGUCCAUCGGUUACCCACACGAACUACUGCAGUACAAGUACGACCCCACCUUCCCUACACGAGGCCUGGUGUUUGACACCAUGUACGGCAACCUCCUGAAGGUGGAUUCCCACGGUAACAUCCUGCUGUGCGCGCACGGAUUUACUUUCCUCAAAGGCUCAGAGAUCCAGACAUAUUACCCAAACAGGUUCAUACAAAGAGACAACACUGACCGUUUCUACAUCCUCAACACCCUCUUCAACCUCGCAGAAACAUACCUCUACGCCUGCCUUGUGGACUUCUUCAGCAGUUGCACCAGAUAUAUAAACAAAUUGAAGGGCUACAGGCACGGAGACCUGUUCAUGUCAUUUCGAAGCAUGUUCCAAGAUGUGCGAGAUGCCAUGGACUAUGUGCACGACACGGGCAGUCUCAAGGAGAAGACCUUGAAGAACCUGGAGAAGUAUGUCAUCAAAGAUCCACGCCUCCCGCUGCUGCUGAGCCGAAUGAAGGAGGUGGCUAAAGUGUUCCUGGCCACUAACAGUGACUACAGCUACACAGAGGCCAUCAUGACCUACUUAUUCGAUUUCCCCCAUGGGCCCAAGCCCGGAACCCCAAAGCGCCCCUGGCGCUCCUUCUUCGACCUGGUUGUUGUGGAUACCAGGAAACCGCUCUUCUUUGCAGAGGGGACUGUCUUGAGGCAGGUGGACACGACCACGGGAAAGCUGCGCAUUGGGACGUACACGGGUGACUUGCAGCACGGAACCAUCUACUCUGGAGGCUCCUCUGACAUUGUGUGUGAGCUGCUUGGGGUAAAGGGUAAGGACAUCCUGUACGUGGGUGACCACAUCUUUGGGGACAUCCUGAAGUCGAAGAAGAAGCAGGGCUGGAAGACGUACCUGGUUGUGCCUGAGCUGGCCAAGGAGCUGCAGGUGUGGUCGGAGAAGAACUAUCUAUUCGAGGAGCUGAAGACUCUGGACGUCUUUCUAGCCGAUCUCUACAAAGACCUGGACAGCGGUAGCACGGAGCUUCCGGACAUCAGCGCCAUCCAGAAUAGAAUCAAGAAGCUGACCCACUGCAUGGACAUGGGCUACGGGAAGAUGGGCAGCCUGCUGCGCUGUGGCUCCCGCCAGACGCUCUUCGCCAGUCAGCUGAUGCGCUACGCCGACUUGUACGCGUCUUCCUGCCUCAAUCUGCUCUACUACCCGUUCAGCUACCUGUUCCGAGCACCGCCUGUCCUGAUGCCCCACGAGUCCACCAUGGAUCUGCUGCCCCUGGAUUUCCCUGUGUCCGAAAAAUCCGUGGCCAAUCACGUGCUGAGGCUCACAGACGCUAAGAGAAAAAUCGUGGAGCAAGACACAGACAGCAACGACGAGGAUUGAAGGAACCGCUACCCAGGUGGAUGUGGGACGGACAGCGUGUGUGUACGUGUGUGUGUGUGUGUGUCUGGCAGAGGGCUCGUUCCUUUAUGGUCUCCCACUCUACAGCUCCACAGUCAUUGUUCUCCUCCUUCUCCACAUCAUGAGUAUCUUACCCAGAGGCUGUGGUGUCACCAGCACUGCGGACUGCAGUGUGGGUGCAGUGACACAGAGCAGAGGCGGGUGUGGAGUAAACACGGUACACUGAGACACUGCACCACAAAACAGACAGGACUGCAAAGGACACUGACAACAGUAACCAUAACAAUACCGAUGAUGGUAAAAUGAGAGUUUAUCAUUCCUGGUUGGCCACUGUCUGGUUACCAGUGAAGUUCUGAGAUUUUUGCAAACCUCCACUUAACAAUACAGUUAGAGCAGUCUGAGGAAAGUGGCAAUCUAAAAUGAAGUUUUCAGGAAACAUUUCACAAGUUUAUACUAUUAUUAUUGCUAGCUGUAAAUGCACAUUGGGUAAUAAUAACUAACAUUACUAUUAUGAAGGACUAAUUGACUAGAUACUAACCCACUUCAAUGAAGCAUAGGUGUCAGCUUAAAAUAUAUAAACAUGGAAUUAGAAAUGUUUUUAAACGACUAAGACGUUUUAUUUCGGGUAUAUUCUAAUUAAUGUUUUCAUUAACAAGUGUUUGCUCUGCUGAUAAGUGGUAAGUGAGCGGACAAGGGUUUGAUCAUCUAUCCCCACCAGAGCCCUUCAAUUAUAACAUGUUCCUUGUAAGAAUUAAUAUUAAGUGUAAGAAUUCCCUGCUCUUGAGCCGAUGGGUAAACCGUGAGUUGACAUUGAUUCAGCAUGGCUCAGCGUUAAGUAAUGUUACAUUUCCCUGCUGAAAAGUUUCGUUUGAGAAGACAGGCAUCAUUUUAAUCUUUGCUUAUUGUAGUGUUUUUUACCCCAUGAAAUAAGACAGUACGAUUUGUUGGCCGCUCUGCUGCCCCCUUGUGGACAAUCUCAAGAACUGCAGUUGUAUUGGAUGCAGACCGUAUUCAACCGCAAUGCAGCAGGAAUUUUUUUGUUUUACUGUUAUUUAUUCCUACAAAAAAAACAGAAGUGUGAUGACAGACAUCGAAGAAACGUUUAUCUAACACCUUCUGUAACCACAGCCUAUUAUUGUUGUAAUUAUUUGUUAAGGAAAGCUACUAGUUUACAUCAUGGGCUCAGUGAAAGCAGCUUGUUAACGAGAACCUUCCGAGUGCCUUUUCCCCCCAAGAGACCUGCGAGGAUGAUGUUUCACUGUGUUUUACCAUGUUUCAUCCAUUCACCGACUCUGAUGCAUUCCUGGUGUAAACAAGCACUGUGCGGCCAUUAAUUAAACAUUUCAUAUAGAAUUUCGUAAUUUACAUUUAUAAAUGUAGAACUAAGAACUAUAUGGCCGUUAUGGACCAUUUUGGAGAAAAAAGGGUAAUAAUUCGUCUCUGUCGAAAUGUCCGAGUUUGAAUGGGAGGGAUACAGAUCGUGUAACACGUAGGUCUUCCUCUGUUUAAAAAUAAACGUUAAAAAUGCAUUUAAAA